AUGGCUGAAAUAGAAGCUGAACCACCCCAGAGCAAUGGAUAUGCAAAUACCAAUGAUGAUGAUGAUGAACGUGGAAAAAUGAGACCAGCAGAUAUUGAUGCUGAUGUUAGAGAAAUGGAACGACGGAAAAGAGUAGAAAUGAUUAUGAAUUCACGUUUGUUUCGCGAAGAACUGGAAAGAAUAAUUGAAGUGCAAAUGAAAGACGGUGGUUCUGUUCCUGCUGGGCUUUUACAACAAAUUUCAGAAAUGAUGGGUGGGCGUCCAUCAGGAGGUUCUAAAUCUUCAAAUUGUGUGGUUCCAAUUAAUGAUAUUCGUGGAGUAGAAAGUAUGGGAUAUGCCAAAGGAGAAAAAAUUAUCAGAUGCAAAUUAGCAGCAGUAUUCAGAUUAAUGGAUUUAUAUGGCUGGACCCAAGGAAUCUAUAACCAAGUUUCUGCUCGACUAAAUCAAGAAGAAGAACAUUUUUUAGUCAGCCCUUAUGGUCUGUUAUGUAACGAAGUGACAGCUUCUAGUUUAAUUAAAGUGGACAUGCAAGGAAAUGUUAUGGAGCCUGGGACUACUAAUUAUGGUGUAAACAUAACAGCAUUUCAACUUCAUGCUGCUAUUUAUGCAGCAAGGCCUGAUUUGAAAGCUAUCAUCGAUGUACAAGUGGGACCUGUUUUGGCCGUGUCAUCAUUACGUUGUGGCUUAUUGCACAUAAGUAAAGAAAGUGCAUUGAUUGGGGAUGUCUCACAUUAUGCAUACCCAGGAUCUACUGUAGAUCCAGAUGAAAAAGACAAAAUUGCAAGAAGCUUAGGGCCUAUUAAUAAGGUUAUAUUUUUCACUAAUCAUGGUGCAGUUUGUUGUGGUGAAUCAAUAGAAGAAGCAUUUUAUAAUGCGUAUAAUAUUGUUACAGCUUGUGAAACACAGCUUAAAGUAUUACCUGUGGGAUUAGAUAACAUUAUGCAAAUGACUGACGAACAGUGCAAAUUUAUUUACGAUGCUGCUAGGUCUCCACCAGAGGGUACAUUACCUUCUCCAUUACCUGCAGGAGGAGCUGUUGCAGAUAAACGCUGGAGAGUUGGAGGUCUUCAAUUUGAAGCACUUAUGAGAAUGCUAGACAAUGCAGGUUUCCGUACAGGUUAUAUAUACAGACAACCACUUAUCAAAGGUGAACCUCCCCGCCCUCGUAAUGAUGUCGAGGUACCACCAGCAGUUUCUUCUCUUGGAUAUUUAUUAGAAGAAGAAGAGCUAUAUAAAAAUGGGCAAUGGAAAAAAUAUUAUGAUGGCCGAAAAUCAACUGAUAGAACCAAAUGGUUAAAUUCGCCAAAUGUGUACCAAAAAGUGGAAGUUCUUGAAACUGGAACAACAGAUCCUAAAAAAAUCACUAAGUGGGUAUCUGACGCUUCUCCAAAUUCAAGUACGCCUUUUAAAAUAGAAGGACCUCUACAAUUUGUUCCAAAAAACACUAAUCCAAAAGAGUUCAAAAAACUACAGCAGCAAAUUAAAGAAAACCGAAGAGCUGAUAAAAUUACAUCAGGGCCCCAAUCCCAAAUUUUAGAUGGUGUUUCUUGGGAAGAAGCAAAAAAAUUACAAGAUGCUAACUUAAACACAAACAGCGAUCAAGUUAUUUUGGUGGGUGCUGCAUCAAAAGGAAUAAUACAACGUAAUUUCCAACAUAAUGCAACUGUUUAUAAGACACCUUAUGCAAAGAACCCAUUUGAUGCUGUCACUGAUGAAGAAAUAGAGUAUUAUAAAAAUGCCGUUGAAAGGAGUACACUUGACAAGGAUCAAAUAAUUGAUAUUAAAGAACAAUUGGAUAGUGUUCACUUUUCACCUGCCAGGCAAACUGAAGCAUUUAUAAUUAGUGAAACUGAAGAUGAUAGUAGAGCAGAAGCUAGAGUGUUGCAAGUAGAAAGAAAAUCAGUGCUGAAACCCGACCAAGCUGAAUUUGUUCUAAGUGAAGGAGAAAAUACAUACAAUGGUGACCAAUCAGAUGCUCAUCAAAGCACAUUUUCAAGUAGUAAAGAGGGAUCACCCACUAAAGAAAUGUCCACCGAGGAUUCUUCACACAAGGACAAAAAAAAGAAGAAGAAAGGAAUUAGAACCCCAUCGUUCCUUAAAAAGAAGAAAGAAAAAAAGAAGAGUAUUCCAGCUUAA